AUGACUACCUUCCUAGUAACUAGAGGUUUUAGAGGCGGCGGGCUAGAGGACCGUCGUGCUAAACGGCAGCAAAGGCCAGGGGGGAGACGGGGCGGCCGCUGUGGGGCGCACUCUCCGGCGGCAUCGGCCACCCAGCGUGUCCCGUCAGUGUUGGCCGGAGGAAGAGGCGGUGGCGGCGGUUGGCGGCGACAGAGAGCGUUUGAGCCAGGACCGGGCGAGGCGCACUCUCCGCCCACAGAAAUGAGCUGUCAGACACAGACGGCGUUGCCUCCUGGCAGCUCCCAGAGCGUGGCCGCCCUGACUGGCACAACUUCGCCCAACAGUGACUGGGCGAGUCUCUUUAAGUGUCCGGGCUGCUCUGACUACGUAUUACCGCCCAUCCUUCAGUGUCAGAGUGGCCAUCGUGUUUGUGGCAACUGUCGCUCAAAGAUCUCCUGUUGUCCGACUUGCCUCGACCCGUUGGGAUCCAUCCGCAACUUGGCUAUGGAGAAAGUGGCCAAUUCAGUCCUCUUUCCUUGUAAAUAUGCCUCUUCAGGAUGUGAAGUCACUCUGCCACACACGGAGAAGGCAGACCACGAAGAACUCUGUGAGUGUCGGCCUUACUGCUGCCCAUGCCCUGGCGCCUCCUGUAAAUGGCAAGGCUCUCUGGAUGCUGUCAUACCACAUCUGAUGCAUCAGCACGAGUCCAUCACAACCCUUCAGGGCGAGGACAUUGUUUUCCUCGCUACCGACAUUAACCUUCCUGGUGCCUUCGACUGGGUGAUGAUGCAGUCCUGCUUUGGAGUUCACUUCAUGUUAGUUUCUCUUCUGAGACACAGCCUGCAGGCACGCCGUCACAACAUCACAGCUUCUCUGCACUUUGUGCACAAGCCGAUCUUUCUGCUUCAGCUGCCGAAGUAA